GACAGAUUAACCCUGUAAACUUAAGGAUUAAUUUAUUUUUGGAAAUCAAGUGCAAUAUUAAGAGGAAAACAAACUGUACUGCACAUUAUUGGAAGCCAUUUCUGCUAAUUUUAUUACAUUUUAAAAUUUAUGAUUUGAUUUGAAUACUAUCAUGGGAGGAGCAGUGAGUGCUGGGGAAGAUAACGAUGACUUAAUUGAUAACUUAAAAGAAGCUCAGUAUAUCCGCACUGAAAGAGUGGAGCAAGCCUUCAGAGCAAUUGAUCGCGGAGAUUACUAUUUGGAAGGCUACAGAGACAAUGCUUACAAAGACUUAGCCUGGAAGCACGGGAACAUACACUUGUCGGCGCCUUGCAUUUAUUCUGAAGUUAUGGAAGCAUUGAAACUUCAACCAGGAUUGUCUUUUCUUAACCUGGGAAGUGGAACCGGAUAUUUAAGUACAAUGGUGGGCUUAAUUUUAGGUCCUUUUGGAAUAAAUCAUGGGAUUGAGCUUCAUUCAGAUGUGGUGGAAUAUGCCAAGGAAAAGCUGGAGAGCUUCAUCAAAAAUAGUGAUAGCUUUGAUAAAUUUGAGUUCUGUGAACCUGCAUUUGUGGUUGGCAAUUGCCUCCAGAUAGCAUCUGACAGUCAUCAGUAUGAUCGAAUUUAUUGUGGAGCUGGAGUGCAGAAAGACCAUGAAAACUACAUGAAAAUAUUACUGAAAGUUGGAGGCAUUCUAGUCAUGCCUAUAGAAGAUCAGUUAACACAAAUUAUGCGAACUGGACAAAAUACUUGGGAAAGUAAAAAUAUUCUUGCUGUUUCAUUUGCUCCACUUGUGCAGCCAAGUAAGAAUGAUAACGGCAAACCCGAUUCUGUGGGACUCCCCCCCUGUGCGGUCAGGAAUCUGCAGGACUUGGCUCGUAUUUAUAUUCGACGCACACUUAGAAAUUUCAUAAAUGACGAGAUGCAGGCCAAGGGGAUUCCUCAGAGGGCUCCACCCAAAAGGAAAAGAAAGAGAGUUAAACAGAGAAUUAACACUUACGUCUUUGUGGGUAAUCAGCUUAUUCCUCAGCCCCUAGACAGUGAAGAGGAUGAAAAAAUGGAAGAAGAUAAAGAAGAGGAAGAGAAAGAUGACAGUGAUGCCAUGAAGCCAGAGGAGCCGCCUCAGAAUCUACUGAGAGAAAAAAUCAUGAAGCUCCCUCUCCCUGAGUCCUUAAAAGCUUACUUGACAUAUUUUAGAGAAAAAUAACUUAAAUCACGAAGAAAGAAUGCCUACUGAUAAUUCCUUAAGUCUUGAAAAUGUAGCAUUUGUUAGAAGUUAAAGGAGAGAGAAAUCUCUCUUACCAGCGAAUUAUAGUGGGUGGGUGGGGGGGGAGUAUAACGUUUCUGUCUUACUAAUGAUGUAUACAGUGAUUAAAAAUAAUCCCUUUUAUAAAAUAUAUUUUUCUUUAAAUCUUGGAAAAAUUGCUGUUUUAAUUCAGUGACUUCAAAAGUGGAAUACAACAAUAGUCAAGACUUUGUGUACUUUAAGUUUUUCUGAUUCCCCACAGAUUUGUAGUAGUGAGGGGUGGACUUCAUUUUAUAUAAGGUUAAAUAAUUGUUAAGCAUAUGCAACCUUAUUUGAAUUGCAGUUUGCCUUUCCUGUAUGGAAACUCAAAUGCUUUGUAGACCCACUUACCUUCCUAUUUUUGCAAUCACUGUUGCUGAGUUACUAUAGAUGCAUUCCGGGCAAUAUAUGAGUGCAAUAACAAUAAAACAUUGAGGAAUUUAGCUUUAAAAAAGCUUCAUGGAAUUCAACAGCACUGCUACUUUUGCUUUUGAAUCUAUUGCCAAAAGACAUGGGAAAAAUACCUGCUUCUCUCAUAGAGAUUUUAAGAGCAUACAUCAAGUGAACGUUAAAGUAAAACAUAUAUGCUUAAUACUCAUAAUUUGUAUGGACCCUUUACAUUUUCAGUAUUUAAAAACGAUGAGGUUAUAUUACUCUGGAGUUUUAGAAGAUAGUAUAUUUAGGAUUGUUUUUUCUAUAGUUCACUGUGUAAAGUAUUUGGUUUUAAAAAAUCCAUUUUCUGUAUGACUGUUGAUAGCACAGUGAGUGAAUGAAAAGCAUGAGUGAUGGCCACUUGUGGGUCGUGCUCGGUGGCAGGGCCUGAGCAGAGUUGGUUAUAGCAGGUGCACUUUAGCAAAUGGAACUUCUAGUUCGUCUGAGUACUUAUCUUUGGCUGAGCUAGUCGACAUUUGCUUUGAAAUUCAUUUUCGUAGUAUAAGGAAUAUUCACACAAAUUGUAUAUAGAUGCCUUUUGCUUUGAAAAUCUAGUUCCAAGUCAUAGUGUAAUCUUUAGGACCCACAUUGUGCUCAUUUAAUUUCUUCCCAUGUCUCUUGUUUCUUUUGGUAAAAUUAUAAUUUUCUUUUUUUUUUUUUUUUGCUGAAUGUCACAUAAUUAAACUAUCAUUUGACUGUUAGUUAUAGCUUUUCAGUGAUAACACAAGUAGUAAAUGCCAUUUUUAGUGUCUUUUCAUCAUACUAGGGCCUGAAAUCAGUCACUUUUGUUAAGAAGUUAUGCGAUACAGCCUAGUUAGUAAUUAGUGUCACAAGGAUUAUGUAAUAUUUAAAAUGAAAAUCUGAGAGUAUCACUUAUUACCAUCCGCAUCACUGUUAAAAUAGUUGAUCAAAUAUGCUUCAGGAAACCCAAUCAGUGUACAGUGAAAGGAUUAUCACCUCUGCACAUAUUCAAUUAGUAACACAUAGAUGCUUUUAAAAAAUAUAUCAGUUCUGGAAAUGCCACAUGUCUAAAAGCAAGUGUUUAAAAUAUUCUAUGCGUAAACGAUCCUAAAUAAAUGGGAACAUUUCAGUCACAUAAAAGAUAAUUUUAGGGAAGGUGUUUGUUUUAUACCAGUGACAGAGGCUAGGAGUUGGGUUGGAGUAGCUCCACAAAUUUUCUCAGAUUAUUACUAAACUGUUACUGUUAAACACCUCAUGCCAUUUCUAUCAAGGAAGUAGUUUUAUACAAUUGUCAUCUAUUUUAUUUUGAAUUAAAUAUUAGUUUUAGAAGUUUAAUCUUGAAUUCCUGGGUAUUCACAUAUUUUUACCCAGCACCCCUCCACACACAUGGGUGGUUUUCGGAGCUGAUCCAGAUAUGCAGACGUACAUAGUCUUAAUGGUGGUUUCACUGUCAGGAGAGAGCUUUUAUCUAGGCUGACUUUGAAUAUGGGCUUUUUCAUCGCGUGUUUGAGUCUGUUGACCUUGGCAACGUGCACAGCUGGUUUUCACGAUGGCAUGUUUUUGUCGUUGAAAUGUAUCCUUUUUUACUUUAAAUGCAUUCAUUUUACAGCUGUGGCUUUAUUAUCGACUUUAAAGAAAGAAAUAGAAAUAAAAACGGAUAAUUCAACUGAAAGCCCUUUUAUGUAUUAAUGGGAAUAUGUUAGAAUGAUUAACAAUAUGUUGGGUUUGUGUUUAUUUUUCAAUGCAUUCAUGUUUACUUGAAUAUAGGUGAUUAUGCUUUAUAAGUGGAGAAGUAUCAAAAGAUGAAGUAAAAUUAAUUGAAAAUGAUGAGCAUAUCAUGUGAUUGUUAUAGCCAGAUAAAACAAUAGAAAUAACCUAACCCAGUAAAUUAUUUUGCAAGAGAAAAUAGGCCUGGGGAGGUAGCAUGAUUUCCUAAAUCAGACAGCUUGUUGGAGAUGGCUCAAAACAGUGUCCAGCAUCUGAUAAAUCCCAAGGAAUUUGUCAAUGGCACCAUAACUGCGAAGAAAAUAAUUUAAAUCUAUACUGCUUAUUGGUCUAUAUAUUUGGUUCUAGUACCAAUAAAGGAAAAUGGCAUUAAAAUGGCACAUGUAGUGGUUAAAAUAAAAUAUAAAAAUAAUGUGUUGGUUUCUAGCUGUCUGAGGGCAUAAAAGUGAAGCAAAACUUGUUAAAUUGUGGGAAGACUUGGAAAAUUAUUUUAAAUAAACAAUUGCAUAUAAUGAAACCA